CCCUGGAAUUUUUUUGAAAAUGUCCGAGUUAACGGAGGAGCAGAUUGCCGAGUUCAAGGACGCCUUUGUGCAGUUUGAUAAGGACGGCACCGGGAAGAUAAAUACUCGGGAGCUGGGAACCUUGAUGCGCACCCUUGGCCAGAAUCCCUCGGAAGGAGAGUUACAGGACCUUAUAGCCGAGGCCGAUAGCAAUAGCGAGGGACUACUGGACUUUAGUGAGUUCUGUGCCAUUAUGGCCAAGCAGAUGCGAGAAACUGAUACCGAGGAGGAGAUGCGCGAGGCGUUCAAGAUCUUCGAUCGCGAUGGCGAUGGUUUCAUAUCACCGGCUGAACUCCGUUUCGUGAUGAUCAAUCUGGGCGAAAAGGUCACAGACGAAGAAAUAGACGAGAUGAUUCGAGAGGCCGAUUUCGAUGGUGAUGGUAUGAUCAAUUACGAGGAGUUUGUAUGGAUGAUCAGCCAAAAGUAGUUCGUUGGUUUUGGAUUAUACGAAAAUAAAAUACAUCACAUAUGGGG